AUGCCUUUAGAAAGAAGACAAAUAUUUUCUGAUGGAGCCAAGCUGGACAGACUUAGUGUCCUUCCCGACGAAGUUCUGUACUAUGUACUCUCCUUCCUUGAUACCAAGUAUGUGGUUCGAAGUAGCAUUUUGUCAAAUAGGUGGAGAUCACUAUGGAAAAUGGUUCACGUGCUCAAUUUUGAUGGCGAAUCCUUCAACGAGCACAACUUCAAGGACCAUGUGGACCAACUUCUAAAAAUUCGUUCUGUCAGCUCUCACAGACUUCGUCAUGUAUCAAUUCUCAAUUGUCCUGGAUUCGGGGAGAGGUCUGAUAUCUUCAACGCCCUCUUCCGCUCAGUCUCCCUAUAUGACCAACCAAUUGAGAAUCUAUACUUAAAACGAGUCCAAUUUGAUAACAUGGCAUUUGGGUUGUCAAGCUUUGGCUUCAAAGCACUUACAAUUUUGGCCUUGUCCGAGUGCUACUUGGAUUUCUCUAGCUGGAACCAGCCACUCAACCCGUUUUCUCGUUUCCCCAUGUUGAAGAAUUUGGCACUUAUAUCUUGCAGUUGUUGUCUUGGUGAUGAUCCCGAAGAAGAUGAGACAAUGAGGUGUUUGAAAGUUGUUGGACUCCAGUUGCUUAGCCUGGAAGUAGACGACGUAUUUGGUUUCGACGAGAUAAAAGUAUUUGCUCCGAAUCUCAAACGGUGCACUUACAAGAAUGAGAUUCACGACUUUUCUCCAAUGACAGAAGUCUUGUUCAACGUCCCUUCCUUAGAGCAUGCCAAUAUCAAGUUGUUGGGAUACAUGGGCUUGGAUGAUGAGUAUAAGCAAGAGGCAAACCGACAAAAUGCGAACUUGUUCCUUGGUCUGAGUAGAGCAAUGUCUCUUGUCUAA